AUGACAGUAUCCACUUUGCUCACCGAAGCUUUAAAAGCUCGAGUCCGUCGGCCCAGUUUAUAUCCAAAAUUAACAACUGCUAAAGAUUUGAUUGCAAGUGGAAUUUUUAAGAACGGAAUGCGGAUGGGAUGGUCUGGGUUCACCGGCGUAGGAUAUCCCAAAGAGACACCUGUUGCACUUGCGGAUUACGUAGAGAAGAACAAUCUGCAGGAUAAAUUGCAAUUUGACUUGUUUGUAGGCGCUAGUACGAGUCCCUUGGUCGAGGACAGAUGGGCCAAGCUUGGAAUGAUAAAGCGCCGCUAUCCCUAUCAAACUGGCAAGGAAAUCCAGAAAAAAAUCAAUAGAAAUGAGAUUGCAUUUGCAGACAAGCAUUUAUCAGAGUUUCCUCUGGAUCUGGUAUCAGGCUAUUACACGCUAGAGAAAAAGGGCAAUGUAAUGGAGAAGCUCGACAUUGUACUAGUGGAGGCGACAGCAAUCACCGAAGAGGGUCACAUAAUUCCUGGUGCUUCUGUUGGUGCCACUCCAGAGAUCGUACAAUCAGCUUCUAAACUCGUUGUAGAAGUGAAUACUUUCCUACCUAAUUUUGAGGGUCUUCAUGACAUUACGCUGAGUAGAUUCGCUCCGUAUAAGUUUCCGAAUCUGAUUCAGCGAGUAGACGACAGAGUAGGCACUCCAUAUAUUCCAAUCGAUGAUGACAGAAUAGUUGCCUUGAUUGAAUCAAGACACCCAGACAAUACAGCAGAAAGUGAACCACAAGACCAAACCUCACAUAGGAUAGCCGACAAUAUUCUCGAAUUCCUCGCACACGAAGUUACAAUGGAUCGGUUACCAAAUUCACUCCUUCCAUUACAAUCUGGAGUUGGCAAUAUUGCCAAUGCUAUAAUAGGUGGAUUAGCCGAUGGGCCAUUCAAUAACGUGGAAGUAUGGACUGAGGUCAUUCAAGUCCUCGUUGAUCAACUUACCAAACAUUACGAUAUAUUUUUACUUUCAGAUACAUUCCUUGAUUUUUGGGAACAUCACAAACUUAGUUUUGCUUCUGCUACCAGCGUCGCAUUUUCCCCUCACGGUUUCAAGCGAUUCUACGAUAUGUGGGAUGAUUUAAAAGAUCGGCUAGUGCUACGCAGUCAGAGUGUCAGUAAUUCACCAGAAGUAAUUCGAAGAUUAGGUGUUAUAGCAAUGAACACGCCAGUCGAGUUUGAUAUUUACGGCCACGCUAAUUCGACACAUGUAUGCGGAACGAGAAUGUUGAAUGGGUUGGGCGGAUCUGCUGAUUUCCUCCGUAAUUCUAAAUUAAGUAUAAUGCACACGCCGUCAACGCGACAUACUAAGAAGGAUCCGAUAGGAAUUUCGUGCGUAGUUCCCAUGUGUUCGCAUAUAGAUCACACUGAACACGAUCUAGACGUUUAUGUGACCGAACAAGGUCUAGCCGAUAUCCGUGGAUUGUCUCCAAUAGAAAGAGCACGAGUGAUCAUAGACAAAUGUGCUCAUCCUGAUUAUAGACCCAUCUUGAAAGACUAUUUGGAUUUUGCAGAGAGAAAAUGUUUAGAAAUUGGUGCAGCACAUGAGCCUCAACUCUUGGAUAGAGUCUUCAAGAUGCAUUUGAAUGUGAUGGGAGAAGAAAACACAAUGAGAAUAAAGGGGUGGUAA